CCCCCCCCUUCGCCCCGCACCCCCACACAAACCCAACUCAUUAACAACUUCUUUCCUACUUCUCUCCUAACUUCUCCGUUCUCUCUUUUCUAUUCUCUCAGUUCUUAGGUUUGAGUGAUUGUAGCUCAGGGCAGCCAUGGGAACUGAAGCUCCACCACAUGAAGAACCCAAUUCUUUUGGCUCUGUCCAGAACCAUGACGAUUCUGAGAAAGAGAAGGCCGUCGAUGCCUGGCUUCCCAUCACUUCUUCAAGGAAUGCGAAAUGGUGGUAUUCUGCCUUCCACAAUGUCACUGCCAUGGUUGGCGCUGGUGUCCUUGGCCUUCCUUUUGCCAUGGCCGAGCUUGGAUGGGGUCCUGGUGUGGCUGUGCUAAUUAUAUCAUGGGUUGUCACCCUUUACACCUUAUGGCAAAUGGUUGAGAUGCAUGAAAUGGUUCCAGGGAAGCGGUUUGACAGGUACCAUGAAUUGGGUCAACACGCUUUUGGUGAAAAGCUUGGCCUUUGGAUUGUUGUUCCACAGCAAUUGAUCGUGGAAGUUGGUGUGAAUAUAGUCUACAUGGUCACAGGAGGGAAAUCACUGCAAAAGUUUCAUAAAACUGUGAGCCCCGAUGCCCCAGACAUCAGGCUCACCUACUUCAUCUUGAUUUUCGCCUCUUGCCAUUUUGUUCUCUCCUUCCUUCCCAACUUCAACUCCAUCUCUAUAGUCUCCUUGGCUGCAGCUGUAAUGUCCCUGAGCUAUUCUACUAUUGGUUGGUCAGCUUCAUUAGCAAAAGGGGUUCAACCAGAUGUGAGUUAUGACUUCAAAGCCUCAACUAGCACAGGAGUUACCUUUAACUUCUUGAGUGCCCUUGGUGAUGUAGCCUUUGCCUAUGCUGGGCACAAUGUGGUGCUAGAGAUCCAAGCAACAAUUCCUUCUACACCUGAAAAGCCAUCCAAGAAGCCAAUGUGGAAGGGUGUUGUCGUCGCCUAUAUCGUUGUUGCCAUAUGUUACUUCCCUGUUGCGCUUAUUGGGUACUGGGUAUUUGGCAAGAAUGUGGAAGACAACAUUCUUAUAUCACUAGAGAAACCCAGGUGGUUGAUUGCUAUGGCUAACAUGUUUGUUGUAGUCCAUGUUAUUGGGAGUUAUCAGAUCUAUGCAAUGCCAGUGUUCGACAUGAUAGAAACCUUCUUGGUGAAGCAGAUGAAUUUCACACCUUGUUUUAGACUUCGUUUCAUUGCAAGAACAACAUAUGUUGCACUUACUAUGAUUCUUGGUAUGAUGUUCCCGUUCUUUGGUGGACUUCUUGGGUUUUUUGGAGGCUUUGCUCUUGCUCCUACUACAUAUUUUCUCCCUUGCAUCAUGUGGCUCUGCAUCUACAAGCCAAGAAAAUUCAGCUUAUCUUGGUUCACAAAUUGGAUCUGCAUCAUACUGGGAGUUCUGUUAAUGAUUCUAGCACCCAUUGGUGGACUUAGGCAGUUAAUCCUUUCGGUCUCGAGCUACAAAUUUUUCUCAUAGAUCAUCUUGGCAGAAGGAAGGAUGGUUUUUUAUAGAAGAACCCAAUGAAGAUGAGUGAAGUCCAUGUCUCACCUUACUGAGCAAAGUUCUAUCUUUGAAGUCAAUAAACCUCUUUGCUCAGGUUGUAGUGUUGGGGGUUACGUUGCCAAAGUGAAUGGGAAGGAAUCCUUUAUUGGCCAUUUUCCAUUUUCUGUUUCAGUGUUUGUGUCAUUUGAAUGUCUGGUUCUAUACCAUAGGUGUCAAUCUUAUUUCUUUGUGGGUUUGAAUUGUUCCAAAGCCAAAAUGCCGUUGUAAAUGAUGGUGCUAAUUUUAAAUCAGAGAAACAUGUAAAUGAUGGUUCCAUGUCA